AUUGAUUAUUACUAGUGCGUUAAACCAUGAAUUACCCACAAAAAAGACAAUCAAUCAUAUCUUUUCGUCGCAAUUCAAGGGUGUGUGUGUGUCUAACUCCGCCUUAUAUUCUUAUCUCUGGUUACAAUAUAAAACCACUUCCCCGACCUCAAUAUUAAGAUUUCUUUUCGGGAGACUCACGGAAUUGUUCCGCAGUGUCUCGGUGAACAAUGCUUCGUCAAGAGCGCUGGUCCGCCUGUGCGCUAAUUUUCUUCUUUUUCGUCUCUUUCGCCUUCGCCACUGAUUGGAUUUGCCCUGCUGGCAACAGAUUUUGCUUCCAACGAAUUCCCAACAAGCGAUCGUGGAAUGAAAGCCGAACUGAUUGCGCUCGAAUAGGAGGUGAUCUUCCAGGAGCCGACCACUUGGAUGAACUCAAUAGUUUGUCGAUUCACGGCAGCAGCUCUAUUUGGACUAAUUUGUGCUUCAGCAAAGGACGUCUGCAGUGGCUGGGAAUCAGAAACUCCCAUGAAGAGAAAGAUCUGCAAUUUAUUGAUACAUUGUUACCUGAUCUACCUCUUGUGGCCGACGGCCAACUGUAUUGUUUCGAAACCGGUGGCAAUCCGUCGAAAACUUUCACAUUGAAACACAGUCAAGAUUCAGCAAAUGCCGUUUGCGUUUCGGACGUCAAAUAUCUUGUUCGUCAAACCUCAAUUCCGACGCCAAGGGGACAAAUCUUAUCGGUGUCGGCCGUGACGGAGGGCGCCGAUAUCGAUUGGGGACCCAUCGGACAAAAUAGGGACGGAUUCAUGAACAUUUUUCCGCCUAAAGUUACGUCGCUCAAGUUGAGAUGCGAUGUUAAAACAACUGGUGAUUUGGAUAAAUCAGCUAUUACCAUUAGGUGGAUGCGAAAUGGCGGUUACGUCACAGGCAACUUUACUCAGGAAUUGGUCAGCUUUGCUUCGGAAGAUGAUCUCAUUCCGUGGAUUGGGUUCAUCAGUUGCGAAGCAGUCUACGGAAAUGAAAGGGAAGUUGUUCGUGGUGGAGGAUUUCACCUAUCCAUGUGGAACACGGUGACGGCACGUCUGGUUUCCACCUGCCUUACCUGUCGAUUGAAAAGUAUACUAGAUUCGGCAAAAAUUAUAUUGACUCAGUAUGUUGAAGAGGAAAUCGCUCGGGGAUCUGGAAAUUCAAUUGAAUUCUUUACGGAACCACCUGUUAUCUCUUACCACACCAUUUCAUUCGUGAUUCACACAAGGAAUAAGAAAAUCGACAAAUUUGACUUCAAGAUGGUUCAGAAGCUCGGCCAACAUUUUCAACUUUCUCACUGGGCAAAGGAUCGUUCACUUUUCCUACCCAAAGGAAGCUCAGAUUUGGUUCUCGAGAUAAUCAGUCCGUGUAACAUGGCCUUACCCCAGGAUCGCGGCAACAUAACAUGGACUGCCUAUCUAGGACAGACGGUACCAUCCGGUAAUUUCAUUGGCGAGCCUAUUUGCCUCGAUAGCCGCGGAGCCAUCAUCACCAGAAGCUGCGGUCUACCCGUUUUACGUCCGAUCCGUUUCCAGGAAUGCUCCGCCAUGAAACCCAGGAAAGAAGAACCCAAAUGUUUCCAUGGAUUUGAGCAUGCUAACGAUGGACAAUGUUACCUCAAAACGGAAGCUUCGACAUUCGCUACUGCGUUCGCUAAAUGCUGGGCCGGUUGGCCUAUCCAGCCUGAAAUCUUGGAGCCAAAAAGUUUGUCUUAUUGGUUUCAAAAUUCACGCGAUGGGAUCUACAAAAUUCAGUCAACAGCUUCGGGAUUCGUUUGGCUUCCUUUUCGGCAUUUCAGUAAAGACACGCCUCUUAUGAAUCCCCCUUGGAGUUGGAUUGCAGUAAGCAACCGGUGGGUUCACCAGGACAGUGAACAGGACAUUCGAGCGGAAUAUAAUUCGGAUGGUGAAGAACUCUGCGCGGCUUACGAUCUGACACGUAACCGAAUGGUUACCAGGUCCUGUCAAGAUUAUUUGCCAAUGAUUUGUAGUCGACCUGCUUUACCACCAAACAUCAGCUCUAUAAUCAGCAGUCAACCUGAUCACACGGGCGAAUAUUUCUGCGAGCAAGGUUGGAUUACGCAUUUUCUCGUUAUGGACGCUGGAAUGUGUUAUAGACGUUUCACUCUAAAAGAGGCCGUCGACGCCGACGGAGCACAGCAAUUCUGCAUUAAACAAGGUGGCCAUCUUGCUGUUGCUCCGACCCAUAACAUGCGGAUAGCCCUGGAGCAAGUCUACGGAUUCUUUAACAACCAAAGCAUCGUCGACUCUUGGAUUGGACUGAGAAAUCGUGGUGAACAGCCAGUAACUUUCAACUGGGUGAACCAAACGGCCGGUGUUUCCACUAGUACAGCAUUGAACUGGCAGCCUUACCAAGAAUUCGGGAGCGGUUACGGUGUCAGUACGGGCCUAACUCGAGCAUGGUGGAAUUGGCCUCGUGAAACUAAAAUUUGGGGCGUACUCUGUCAGAAAACCGUGUCAGACUGGCAAGACGGAAUCGGUUUACAGCUGGAAAAGUUGUCCGUCAACGAAUACGCUCUCGUUUUUACCUACGACCAGAGAAAUUAUGGUCCUCCAGAAAAACAAUAUUCACACGAAUCAAAAACCUUUUGGCAAUCUGAUUUCGACGUUAUCUGCCACUUCAAUCAUUACGCAAUGCACUUUCGUUUCCCCCUCGAUCGUCAGUACUAUCGAGUUCUGGUUCCCAGAUCGAUGGGAUCUGGUCGGCUGAUUUGCGAAGGAUGGCUCAAUAGACCGACAUUUCGAUUUCAGUCGAAUACGGUCAUUCAUCGACCAACUUAUGAUUACGAUUCGGAACAAUAUCGGCCCUAUCCUUAACUCAUUUUGAUUAUAAAAUUGGCUUGUUCUAAUAAACUGAUUUCAGUUUGAAA